AUGCAUAUAUAUGUAAGGUAUUGUAUAGAUUUUUUUUUCUUAUUCCACCCAUUCUUUCAUUCAGGUUUUCUUUCUUUCACCUUUGUCUGCAUUGAUUUUCUUCAUUCGCUCUCUUUCACACACUCUUUUUCUUCAUUCGCUCUCUUUCACACACUCUUUUUCUUCAUUCGCUCUCUUUCACACACUCUUUUUCACACACUCUUUUUCUUCAUUCGCUCUCUUUCACACACUCUUUUUCUUCAUUCGCUCUCUUUCACACACUCUUUUUCUUCAUUCGCUCUCUUUCACACACUCUUUUUCUUCAUUCGCUCUCUUUCACACACUCUUUUUCUUCAUUCGCUCUCUUUCACACACUCUUUUUCUUCAUUCUCUCUCUUUCACACACUCUUUUUCUUCAUUCGCUCUCUUUCACACACUCUUUUUCUUCAUUCGCUCUCUUUCACACACUCUUUUUCUUCAUUCGCUCUCUUCCACACACUCUUUUUCUUCAUUCGCUCUCUUUCACACACUCUUUUUCUUCAUUCGCUCUCUUUCACACACUCGUUUCUCUUUAAUUUUCUGCUCAUUUUUUCUUUUUUUCAAACUAUUUUCCCCUUUUUUCUGUUUCUGAUUCCCUGCAACAUUCCUUUAUUUUUCCUUUCUUUUAAAAUCUUCCUUCUUUUCAGUCUCUCCAGUUUCGUUGAAUUUUUUCUUUCACAUUUUCCAUUUUUCCAUAUCUUUCAUUCUUUUCUCUUAUUUUCCAUUCCUUUUUUUUUAUCAUUUCUUUUAAUUUUUUUUCUUUUUUAUGUUUGUUCCUUGCAAUUUUUUUUCCUUCUUCGGUCUUUCUUUUUUUUCUUCUUUUUUUUCCUUAUUUUUUCAUCCUGA